AUGGAGGAAGUGCAAAAUGUUGUUUGGGAAUUUGAUGGUAACAAAUGCCCUGGUCCAAAUGGUUAUAAUUUUAGCUUUAUACGAAAAUGUUGGAAUACUCUUUCUAGUGAGAUCUUUGCUUUCGUUUCUGAAUUUUAUACCAAGGAAAAUCUCCCAAAAGCUGUAUCAGCUUCCUUUAUUGCAUUAAUUCCAAAGAAACUUAUAAAGAUCCAACGUGAAUUCUUGUGGUGUGGUGGUUCGAAUAGUCGUGGAAUAUCCUGGGUAAGUUGGUCAGAUGUGUGUAAAAGUAAGGAGACAUGUGAUUUAGGUAUAAAAUGCUUAGAAGCUUUCAACGAGUCCUUAAUCUGCAAAUGGAAAUGGCGGUUUCAUGUCGAUAAACAUGCAACAUGGCGUCCUCUCUUGGAGUUUAGAUAUGGUUCAUUUAUUGACUGUGUCCUCAAUGACGCCUCAUCCAUGACCAUCUCAAAAUCCUCUUUGUGGUGGCGAGACAUAAUCUCAAACAGUUUGGAGGUUUCAUCGGAAGAUUGGUUUCAUAAUGGCAUUAAUUGUGUUCUGGGUAAUGGUUGUAGCAUAAAGUUUUGGAAAUCUAAGUGGUUUGGGCCACAACUACUGAGUGUUUUAUUUUCUACAGCUUUCAGUGCAGCCCUUAAUAAGGACAUCGUUGUGGCAAAUAUGGGUGUUUUUGCGAAUAGUGAAUGGUGA